AUGUCAGAUAAAUUUGUUCCAUAUCAUUUACGUGAUAUUAACAAUCAUCCAGCUCAUUUCGAUGACAAUCAAAAAUCGAAUUGGAUAUGUACUGCAAAAAAGGCGAAGAAAAAUUAUCAAUAUCAACAACAAUAUCCAGCAUUUGAUAUACCAACAUCAUUUUAUGAAAUUAUAUAUAUUCAAACAAUAUCUCAACAAUUACAAUUUCUCGUCGUAUUAGUAGAAUUAGCACAUUUACCAUCACAUGAUACAUUAAUUUAUGUCCAAAUUAAACAAUUAUUUCGAUUGAUAUUUCAAUCAGAAAAUCAAUUAUAUUCGUGGAGACCACUAAGAGAAGACAUAUAUCCGGCUGUGAAUAAUGAAUUGUUCGAGUGGCCUAUUAAAUCAUCAAUAUUGGAUAUUCAACUUAAACUUAAUGAAUGGUAUAACUGGGCUCUAUCUCACUGCGAGGUAAGUAGCCCGUCCUUACUUCAGCAAAAUUUUCGUCAUGAUGACGUUAAUUCAAAUACAAAUAUUAAAGUACUCUCAAAAUGUACAUGUCAUGAUACAAGUCUUUAUUGUCCUGGAGAAAAAUGGGGACUUUAA